AUGAGAGCUGUGUUACAGAGAGUUCUGCAGUUCCCUGUGGUGAAUUCAGCCCUCACCAAUCUCCAGAAGACGUAUGCCAGUGCCAAAGAGAUUCACCCCUUGAUGGCAUCAGUGUGUGCCACUUGUGAGCGGGCCCUCCAGAAUGCCAGUUCCUUGGCUCUGUGGAGUGUGAAGCCUGUGAUGCACAAGCUGGAGCCUCAACUUGCGGCAGCCAAUGUUUUGGCAUGUCAAGGUUUGGAACAUUUGGAGAAGAAGAUACCUAUCCUUCAGAAACCAGUGAAGGAAGCUACCUCUGAUUUGAAGGACACCAUUCUAGCUCACCUUCACUACGUGUUAUGUUCUGUCAUGGACAUCCUGGACAAAGUCUUAGGACUGUCUGCUGAAAAUAAUGAGCAAUCCAAGAACAGCCUGAGGGUCAAGACAGAGAAUGUGAAGAGGAGUCAAGAGAACCAGGUGGCCAAAACCUCUGCGGUCGGCAAGCUGGAGAAGGUGGUGGAUUGGACAACGGAGCCCAAUUCAGUCUACAAGUCUCCAUCGGGAUGUGUAUCGGAAAAGAUGUCUCCUCCCAGCACCUUUGGAAGCAUUAAAUCCUUAGCUGUUGCUGUUUCCGAGCUUGCUUUCAGACAGACAUCCCAAGCCAUCCAGGUUACUAAGGACAAAGGAGUGAAACUGGCUAUGUGCAUCUCAUAUUUGUUCACCUUCCCAAGGAUUGUGAUGAAAGAAGAGGAAACAAUGGGGGCGGUUCCGCCAGAGUCUUGGCAAGAACCAGAUGGGGUCCAGUUUGUUACUCCUGAGAGCAAGAAGCUGCAAGAAAGACGAUCCAGUCGGGGUCAUUAUCCUCUUCCAUUCCUCAAUCUUGAUGAGCCCCUCACCCUUCAUGAAAACCCACCCUUGGAAGCUGAGUCUACUGUGGCCCGGAAAUCUGCUUUCUCCUCUUACAAGGAGGGAUCCAGCAGAAGGAGAUGGAGUGAGGGGCUGUUCCGUCCUAGCCUAGAAGCCACCUACAUAAGGGCCCACUUUGCAGGACUCUAUAGCGCUGCUGUCAAGAAAGAAUAA